GGGGGCAAAAAAGGCGUAAAUGAGUAUAGAAUUUUGGGUAUACAGAAUUUAAUACAGAUAGAUAGAUUGGAUGGAAAAAUUGAAAAGGAAAAGGAAAGCAAAGUGCGGCUACUGCUGACAUCAACCCAAUUGCCAGCAACAACCAAAAAAUCAGAUCUUGCAGUUUUUAAGUGAAGCUUCACUUUACAUACUACCUCCUUUUGCUUUUCUCUCUCUCUCUAGUUUUGUGACCACUGAGUUUUUAUCAGAAACCAGAUAAACAGAGAUGAUGAAUUGGAGGACUGAAAGGAGAAAAGGAAACAACAACAACAACAACAACAGAAACAGAAACCGAGAUAGAUAAAUUUGCAUGAUGAAAGCUCGAGCUCAAUCUCAACAGCACAUUUUCGUCUCUUUUACUCUAUCAUUGGUUUUUGUAUCUUUGACAUUUGGAGCUGAAGGGCACCUAUUUCAAGAUUUGGUGGUUGGAGGGGGAAGAAAUCUCAGGAGAAUUCUGCACCAACCAUUGUUCCCUGAAAGUUCAUCACCUCCACCAGUGACCCUACCUCCGCCGCCUCCUCCACCAUCACCUUUUGGGCCUGAAUUUCCUAAUCCGGACCAGCCAUUCUUCCCAGAAGUCCCAUCUGGGCAGACUCCAGAUCAGGUUCAACAGUCUCCACCUGCACAAGCAAAUGGGACAACAGAAUCUCAUUCGGUUCCAAUUGCCACUCCUAACCAGCAGCAAAACAAGCCUGCUAAAAAAGUGGCCAUUGCCUUAUCAGUUGGAAUCGUCACAUUGGGAAUGUUGUCGGCACUGGCAUUCUAUCUCUAUAAGCACCGGGUGAAACAUCCUGAUGAUUCCCAGAAGUUGGUUGGGGCCAAUUCUCAGAGGAUCAAUGAAGAAUCACGGAUGCCCCCAUCCACUUUCUUGUAUAUUGGGACUGUUGAGCCAUCCACCCAAUCAGCAGUGACUGAAACCAAAGGUGCCACUGGCUCACCUUACCGAAAAUUGAACUCGAUUAAAAGAUCUGAGCGGUAUAGGCCAAGCCCCGACCUUCAGCCUCUGCCACCAUUAACCAAACCCCCACCGCCUCCGGUGAUCAAUUCGCCCCCGCCCAUGUCAUCUUCUGAUGAGGAGAGUCAUGAUACGGCCUUUUACACUCCACAGGGCUCAUCUGUGAGCAAUGAGGAAGGAACUUACACUCCCAGUUCCCGUCGGAACCAACGGAGCAAUACUAGUACUAGUUUGGUGCCGCAACCCAGGGCUGAAAAUCAAGUCAAUACUUCCGUUCCUCAUUCAAAGAGAACCUCACCAAAAUCACGCCUUUAUGCUUCCUCCUCAGAUGUAAGACAUGCCAUUAUACCAUCCAUUAAGCAGUCUCCAGCUCCUCCUCCGCCUCCAUCACCACCACCCUCAAAUCCAGAAUCAUCCGAUGAUCAACUAUACCUGGUUAAUCCCAACAAACCAGCACUUACAUAUACUCCUAAACGGCCAAAAUUUUCAGCACCACCUCCACCACCAGACAUUGCACGACUCCAGAAAAUAAGCAAUCAAGGACAGGGACAGGGGACCAAACCUCCAUUACCUCCUCCACCACCGCCACCACCGCCACCACCACCUCCAGUUCUCCCAACACCACGGAAAGUAGGAGCGGUGUCAGAAAAGAGCACUCCAUCGACGGGUUCCAGACCAGUGAUAAUGCCCAAAUCUAUGAGCGCAAGCCCAAAAACAAUUGAGAAGGCAGUACCGACGGAAGAACUUAAUAAAGGUACAAAUGGUACAAGUUCUUCAGAUAGGCGUGAUGGUGAUGACAUGGAAGGAUCGAAACCCAAGUUGAAGCCUUUGCAUUGGGACAAAGUACGAGCAACCUCAGACCGAGCCACAGUGUGGGACCAGCUAAAAUCCAGCUCCUUCCAGUUGAACGAGGACAUGAUGGAGUCUCUCUUUGGAUUUAAUUCCGCUAAUUCUGCCACAAAAGAAGCCACGAGGAAGUCGGUCCUCCCACCUGUUGAACAGGAGAAUAGAGUAUUGGAUCCAAAGAAGUCACAAAACAUAGCCAUAUUGUUGAGAGCACUGAAUGUGACUAAGGAUGAGGUUUCUGAAGCCCUUUUAGACGGAAAUCCAGAAGGAUUGGGUCCUGAACUCUUGGAGACUUUGGUGAAGAUGGCACCAACCAAAGAGGAAGAAAUCAAACUUAGGAACUAUGAUGGUGAAAUCUCAAGACUCGGCUCAGCAGAACGAUUCCUGAAGGCCAUUCUUGAUGUACCAUUUGCUUUCAAAAGAGUAGAAGCCAUGCUGUACAGAGCCAACUUUGAUUCUGAAGUAAACUACUUGCGGAAGUCCUUUCAAACGUUAGAGGAGGCAAGUCAAGAAUUGAAGGAUAGUAGGCUAUUUCUCAAGCUCCUUGAAGCUGUCCUUAGGACAGGAAAUCGUAUGAAUGUUGGAACAAAUCGUGGUGAUGCCAGGGCUUUCAAGCUUGAUACACUACUGAAGUUAGUGGAUGUAAAAGGAACAGAUGGGAAGACAACACUCCUCCACUUUGUCGUUCAAGAGAUUAUCAGGUCAGAAGGUUCAAGUUCUGAACCUAUGAAUGAAACCAAUGUCAAACUCAAAGAGGAUGAUUUCAAGAAGCAAGGGCUGCAAGUUGUUGCUGGAUUAAGCAAGGAACUUGGGAAUGUUCGAAAGGCAGCAGCAAUGGACUCCGAUGUACUCAGUAGUUAUGUCUCCAAGCUAGAAAUUGGCUUAGAAAAAGUCAGAUUGGUUUUGCAAUACGAGAAACAAGGUAUGCAAGGUAAAUUCUUCUCUGCCAUGAAGGGUUUCCUCAGAAAGGCCGAAGAUGAGAUUAUCAAGAUCAAGGAUGAAGAAAAGAAGGCCUUAUCCUCAGUGAAAGACGUGACAGAGUACUUUCACGGCAAUGCUGCAAAAGAAGAGGCACAUCCGUUUAGGAUCUUUAUGAUCGUAAGAGAUUUUCUCUCUAUUCUAGACACCGUGUGUAAAGAAGUCAGCAAAUUACAGGACAGAUCAAUGGUUAUGGGUACUGGAAGAUCCUUCCGAAUACCAGCCACUGCAUCAUUACCAGUCCUAAGUAGAUACAAUGGGAGACACGACAGGAGCUCAGAUGAUGAUAGCUCAUCAUCUUAAAAGUUAAGACAAUGCACAAUGAACAACAUAAACGAUCGUAAAGGAGAGAAUACCAUAGUUUUGGUUCAAGCAGAUUGGCAAAAAUGCUGAGUGCGGAUGGAUGAUCGCAUUACUUAAAGCCACCAUCAGCAUGAACAAAGGGGCCUUAGAUGACUAAUGGAGGGAAAGUGGAAGUGGAACACACAAAAAAAAUGAUGGAAGUCAACCCACCAACAAGGAUAAAAAUAAUAAGCAAAGAAAAACCGCAGCAACAUGGAAUUCAGUAGAAAGGCAUAAUGCAGUCAAAGCCAUGUGAGGAUGGUUGGUGCAAUGAUGAGGAUCAUGGCCUAGAAGGAGGAUAAUUUUAUAUUUUUGUGCAGCAUAAAGAUUGGUAGCAAGCCAGGAAAGGACAUUUUUGUACUCCAAAUACAUUAUUGAUUAUACAUACAGAGAAUCAUAAGCUCAGCGCAGAGCAGAGCACCAUGUGGUAUGGAUUCAGUUGUGAUUACUAUUAAUCAACCUAUUAGGAAGAUUCUUUUGUUCCUUUAAAUUAAAAACAUUUAGUACUUCAAUUUGUCCCCAACUGAUUCUGGAUACUGUCCCUGUCUGCUACAACUCAUGUCUAGCACACAACCUAUAACUGAACAAAAGUACAUCUACUAGGGGAAUACAACAACAGUGUGUUAAUCUAAUUUUAGCAAAGGCCUUUCGAGUUCAUAGUAAGACAAUUCUGGCAUGGCAUGCAAAUUGUUUGUGAAAAUGUCUCACUCAAAAUCAUAAAUGAUGAAAACAAAAACAAUAGGCAGGAGGGAUUACCAAUAUUUGGAUUGCAGCGCACAUGCAUGAAUCGCCCGGCUAGUGAUUAGGUUAAGGCCCCAGGUCGCAUUAACUAGCUCUAGCUGGGUCCAAGGCGAGGAAGUAGUCUCGCCGACCGCCUAAAAUGGCCGUAUGCAGCCCCAAAGCAGGCAAAAUGAAGGGGGACGGAAUGAUGUGUAACGGUUUCCUUCGGAGGCGUGAACUGCGUCGUUGAAAUCUGGUCCCCGCCUUUUGGAGGUCUUUUACCUUCGUUACCAAGUCCAAACCAUUUCCUCCAGUAAAGCAAGCAAUUUACGGAUUAUUACAGUUGCUUCAGCCUCUGGCCAGUACUAUGUUGGAAAAGAUGUGAUACUGCUCAACUCGGACCGCAUAGCGCAGUGGAUUAGCGCGUUUGACUUCGGAUCAAAAGGUCGUGGGUUCGACUCCCACUGUGGUCGCCUUUAAAGAUGAACUGGUUAACCUUUUCAGGAAUACUUUUGUUUGCGUUUUGUGAAUAGAUUUCAGUCACAGUUUCUGCACAUUUUUGCUUGCGUUUUGUGAAUAGAUUUCAGUCACAGUUUCUGCUGAUCAUCAAUUAGUAUAAUUUAGGAGUACUAAUAAAUAGAUUUCUGUCACCGUUUCUGCUGAUCAUCAAUUAUUUUUUAGGAGCACUAGAAAAUGCUCCCUCCAGCUUUAGUUUUAAGAGAAAAUUUGAGCUAGUUUUAGUGUUAACUCAGUUUUUGUGGAUCAUCAAUUGUUUUUAGGAGUACUGUAUUGUUAAAUACUCCCUCCGGCUUUAAUUUUAA